AUGGCUGCCUCCCCAGGAAGCCUCUGCCCCACGGCGGUGGGCAAGGUGACUGAAAUCUCCCAGUUCAGGGAUGUGAGGCCUGGAUUGGGGUCCUAUGUGGCCUUGAAUGAGAGGAGGGCCUUGGGCCCUCGCCAGACCUUUCUGGAGGGAUCCUGCUUUGAGAUCCCUUCGAAGGAUGACCCCGAGCAACUGCCCGACCCCUUCAAUGACCUCUCUGUGGGGGGGUGGGAAAUCACAGACGAGCCUGUGGGCCGCCUGUCCGUAUGGGCCGUGUCUCUGCAGGGAAAGGUGUGGUACAGAGAGGAUGUCAGCCACCCCAACCCUGAAGGCUCAUCGUGGUCCCUCAUGGACACCCCAGGGGAGGCGGUACAGAUCAGCUGUGGGCCCCACGACCUCCUGUGGGUCACGCUCUGGGAGGGGCAGGCCUUGGUCCGGGAAGGAAUCAACAGGAACAAUCCCAAAGGAAGUUCCUGGUCCAUAGUGGAGCCUCCCACAUCUGAAAAUGGGAUCAUGCACGUCUCCGUGGGAGUCAGCGUGGUCUGGGCCAUCACCAAGGACCGGAAAGUGUGGUUCCGAAGAGGCAUCAACUCGCACAACCCCUGUGGCACCAGCUGGAUCGAGAUGGUCGGAGAAAUGACGAUGGUGAACGUGGGGCUGAAUGACCAGGUGUGGGGCAUUGGCUGUGAGGACCGGGCCAUAUACUUCCGUCAGGGUGUCACCCAGAGCGAGCUCAGUGGGAAAACAUGGAAGGCCAUCGUCGCCAGCCGAGAGUGUGACCGGUCACACUCUGGUAGCUCAUCAAGUCUCCUCAGUGCCGGCUGCUUCUUCGGCGACGAGGUGAGGGGCAGUGGUGAGUCCUGUGCACCGAGCGACACGGACGCCUCCUCAGAAGCCGAGAGACCAGGUCCAGACCGGCCUGGCCCUGCAGAGUCUGGAGACAGUCCCGGGAAGCCCAGGGACAGCUUGGCCCCAGGCUCAGGCACCGGCAGGACCACAGAGCCCAACGAGGAGGAGGUCGCUGGCCCUGCCAUUCAGACCCCGGGGCUUGAGCCUUGCCCUGGCCCGGCCUCCACCCUGGCUGAACUGCCCUGGACCAAUAUUGACCUGAAGGAGCCCAGGAGAGCACCCAGCCGCUCGGCUGCUGGCUUUCCAGAGACCACUGGCCUCUCCUCGCUGGGGCUCCUCCCGCUGGGCUUGGAGGAGCCCUACGGGGCUGAUGACCACCCCCUCUGGGCCUGGGUGUCAGGAGGAGACUGCGCCGUGGAGGCCCACACCGUGCUCAAGUGGUUCACCGUCCAGUCGGGCCUGUCCCCCUCGAUGCAGACGCUGUCCCUGUCCAUCACGCCGGCCCAGACCGCCGCCUGGCGGAAGCAGAUCUUCCAGCAGCUCACGGAAAGGACCAAGCGGGAGCUGGAGAACUUCCGGCACUACGAGCAGGCGGUGGAGCAGUCGGUGUGGGUGAAGACGGGGGCCCUGCAGUGGUGGUGUGACUGGAAGCCUCACAAGUGGGUGGACGUCCGCGUGGCCCUGGAGCAGUUCACGGGGCUCGACGGGGCUCGGGACAGCAUCCUUUUCAUCUACUAUGUGGUCCACGAGGAGAAGAAGCUGGUGGCCAUGGUGAAGGUCACCCGUCAGCCAGCUGCCAGCGGAGAGUCAACACCGGGACAGUGGCUCCGGUGUGGGGUGGGGAAGCCAGAUAGGCGGGGAGGGGACGGGCCGGGAAGGCCCGGGGAGCUGGCCACCCUCACCUUGGAAGCAGCUGCCGCCGCCCGUGUAGACCCAGGCCGUGUGGUCGUAGCCGAUGCCCCACACCACACCCUGGCCGUUGGCUUCCACCACCCCUCGUACCACGGGUACAAAACCAUGAAGGAUUUUGUGAGGAGAAGGUGCUGGGCUAGAAAGUGCAAGCUGGUGACCAGUGGGCCUUGGCUGGAGGUGGGCCCUCUUGCCCUUGCGGAUGUGUCCAUCAUCCCGGAGAGCCCAAGCACCAACAGAAGUGGGCACAGCAUCGCCCUCUGGGCCAUCAGUGACAAGGGGGAUGUGCUGUGUCGUCUGGGUGUGUCUGAGCUCAACCCCGCGGGCUCCUCCUGGCUGCAUGUGGGCACUGACCAGCCUUUCACUUCUGUCUCCAUCGGGGCCUGCCACCAGGUGUGGGCCGUGGCCAGGGAUGGCUCCGCCUUCUACCGGGGCUCCGUGUCCCCUGCCCAGCCGGCCGGUGACUGCUGGUACCACAUCCCGUCCCCCCCCAAGCAGAGACUGAAGCAGGUGUCCGUGGGGCAGACGUCAGUGUAUGCCUUGGAUGAAAACGGAAACCUGUGGUAUCGCCAGGGGGUGACGCCCAGCUACCCGCAGGGUUCCAGCUGGGAGCAUGUGUCCAACAACGUGCGCCAAGUGUCCGUGGGGCCCCUGGACCAGGUCUGGGUUAUCGCCAACAAGGUCCAGGGGAGCCAUAGCCUGAGCCGGGGGACCGUAUGUCAUCGCACAGGGGUACAGCCUCGAGAGCCCAAGGGGCAAGGCUGGGACUACGGCAUUGGGGGGGGCUGGGAUCACAUCUCCGUCCGGGCCAAUGCCACCAGAGCCCUCAGGGGCAGGUCCCAGGAGAGAGCUGCCGAAUGCAGUGGGGAGCGGGGCCUCCCCGGCGCACCCUCGGGGGUGGCCGGCGUCCCGCAGGAGGCCCCCGGCCUGGUCCGCUGCUGA